AUGUUCCAGGCAAAUUGGACAUUUAUAACAAUUUCUAUCUUCCUGGGACUUUCCCACUACCCCAAAUUUGAGGUCAUUGUAUUUAUGCUGUGUCUGCUAAUGUACCUGUUUGCCUUGCUGGGCAACAUAAUUCUGAUCUCCGUCACCACCCCGGAUUUCCACCUGCACACCCCUACGUACUUCUUCCUCAGCAACCUCUCCUUUCUGGACAUCUGGUAUACCUCUUCCGUUCUCACUGCAGCAGUAGGAAAUUCUGGGAGAAACAGCAUCUCAUUCUCAGGAUGUGCUUCUCAGAUGUACUUCUCUCUUGCCAUGCGCUCCACUGAGUGUGUGCUCCUCUCUAUGAUGGCCAACAAUCUGUAUGUGGCCAUCUUCUACCCCCUGAGAAACCCUAUCAUUAUGAACAGGAGUGUCUGUGUGCAGAUUGCUGUUGGCCCCUGGGUGACAGGAUACCUCACAGCCCUGGUGGAGACAGUGGCUGUACUGCAGCUGUCUUUCUGUGGAAACAGCAUCAUCAAUCAUUUCAUGUGUGAAAUUCUGUUGAUCUUGAAACUAGUAGCCACUUCCACGGCAGUGAUCAGUGUGUUUCUUCUGCCCAUGCCGAUGCUACUCAUUUAUAUCUCCUAUGCCUUUAUUCUCUCCAGCAUCCAGAGAGUCUGCUCAGUAGAUGGCAUUAAAGCCUUUUCGACAUGUACAGCCCACCUGACCAUUGUGGUUCUAUUCUGUGGGACAGCUCUCUCCAUGUACCUGAAGCCCUCAGAAGUGAAUCCACAGGAAACAGAUAAAUUUAUGGUUUUGGUAUAUGCUGCAUUCGCCUCCACGUUGAAUCCUAUUAUCUAUAGUUUAUAGAACAAAGAGGUAAAACUGGCUGUGAAAAAUGUGCUGAUUAAAAAAUCCUUUUAG